AUGCCGACGCAGACCCCAACAAAGAAGACGCCGCCCGUGUACACCAGUCUCUAUCGUACAACUCCAGCACCCAGCGCGCUCCAUCUUCCCACUUUAGCCGCUGUUGUUGCGUAUGGGGAGUACCUGGAGAAAGAUUGGACGCCAGCCCAGGCCUUGAAGUGGUUUAAAGUCGAUGGUGAUUGGGCAGAAGCGACGCACUGGCGUGGUGAGGCUCCUGUAGGCGCUAAAGCCGAUGGUCGAUUAGGACGUCUCAUAAGUCGAUGUAUAGGACCAGCGCAGCAACUGCGUGGAUUAGAUCUAUCACUUCCAAGCGUGUACCUACCACCUAGUUUAUUCGCAAAUCUACCAAAUUCGCUAACACACCUCUCACUAAACGGACUCAGCUGGCGAUUCAAUUUGAGUAGCCUCUUGCCGCCUAAGAGCGACAGUCUCACUCUCCUCACAUCACUCAACCUUUCAAACCUUCCGUCGAUAUCGUCAGACGCUUUGACACUUGUUUUACGACGAAACACCUCGCUACAAAGCUUGCGUUUGGUUAACGUUAACUUGACAGACACUCACUCUACCAGCAAUCACUCUUUCCUCGCUGAUCGUAACACUUCUCUCUCUGAAAUCCGCUUUCUUGAACUGCGCAACGUCAUGUGGACUUCCCCCCACGGUCUCUUUCAUCUUAUUCAUCCUUCGCGUAACUUACACACUCUCAUUCUCAAUGGAUCAUUUCCGCCUAGUAGAAAUCCUCGCAUUCCGCCCACUUUAGACGGCGCUGAUGACACAACAUCCAUGCCAUUUAGGGCUUAUUUCAUGCACUUUUUACCCCUCUUCCCUCACCUCUCCAGACUCGAGAUCGACAAUAAGCUGUGGGGCAAAGACCGCGAUGGUUUGGGGCUCGUUGAGGUUCUCGGAUUGGGUGCAGACGUUGGUCCACCCAGCGAUUGGCAAAGGUGGGAGGUUGAAGAAGCGUGGAAACCAACGCAAUUUGAUCCAGAAUGCGGUGUUGACGAAGACCGUGAGUGGGUGAUGGCCGAGGGUGGAAAGUGGGUGUGGGUUUCAGAUGCAGAGCCGAUGGAUGAUAGUGACGAUGAUGACGAGAAUGAUGAAGAUGACGAUGAUAAUAUGAUCGACGAUGAUAUCUACGAUAACGAAAUGCUUCCUCCACCCGCAUCAUCAGCUUUGCGGAGAUCAACUGCAAAGCUGUUCGCAUCUCUUCAAGAAUCUACUACACGUUCUCUAGAAGCUGCUUUCGCCGCUCCUCCUGCUGCUGAUGGCGAUUUGUUAAGGGAUGGUGAGGCAUUCUGCGGCGUAGUACUCGAUAGAGUCGAGGAGGAGGUGCGUCGGAUGCGUGAUUUCGUCAGAAGAGGUGGUGUCAGAGCUGGGCAGCAGAAGCGUCAAUUUCAGCAACAGCAGCAAUACCUUCACUCCGGCGAUAGUAACAGCAACAGCAAUAGCAAUAGCAACACCAAUAACACCAACAGCGAGCACUCACACGUUGACAGUGUUGCAAAUGUAACAAACGGCGUCGGGAAUAUGCAAGUCACCACUUGA